AUGACCUUAACUCAGGUUUCUACGUGGUUUGCCAAUGCCAGAAGGAGAUUGAAGAAAGACAACCGAUUGUCGCCGGGCGGUGGCGAGGACGACCAUGUGGGGAUUGACAGUGACCGAGAGGGAGAUAUGGACAGUAUUAAUGUGGAAGACAUGGAUGCAAAGGUCACGUCAGCCCAUAGAACAGAAGUGCCACUGUCCAGCGAGGGCGAGGGAGAACCAGACUCCUUCUCCGACAUCUCCGACGACGACAACGAAGUUUUCAGACCGGAAUCACGUGACACACCUAGAGUGCCAUGCAAAAAUCGAGUCCCUGUAAUUACCUCCACAUCGGAAGCAACAGAUACGAACCUUUCAGUGGCUUCUUCAGACACUACCCCGACAGACAUCUUGGCCACUAGGUCGGAUACGGCUUCAUCAAACAUUUUCUUUAGUUCGCCAGUCGCCUCAUUAAACAGAUUCGCCACAACACCAGAAAAAUCUCCAGUGGCGACUUUCGCCACAUCAUCAGCCAAAGUGAACAAUAUGCCAAAUUGCCAAAUCUCAGAAACCCAGAAGCCAAAACCAAAGAUUUGGUCUAUAUCUCAUAUCUUAGACUCAUAG